AUGAGGGAAGGAGAGAGAGAGAAGGAGGGACUGAAGGAUGAGUUAGAGAGCAAAGUGCAACAAGGUGACAGUGAGGUCACUAUUCCACUGUCCAAGUAUGGUGUGCCUGGUAUCAACCCAACCAACCCUGGUAUCAACCAGCCCAACCCACGCAACCCUGGUAUCAACCCAACCAACCCUGGUAUCAACCAGCCCAACCCACGCAACCCUGGUAUCAACCCAACCAACCCUGGUAUCAACCAGCCCAACCCACGCAACCCUGGUAUCAACCCAACCAACAAUGGUAUCAACCAGCCCAACCCUGGGACAACAGACACAUCACAACCUACUGACACAGACACAUCACAACCUACUGACACAGACACAUCACAACCUACUGACACAGACACAUCACAACCUACUGACACAGACACAUCACAACCUACUGACACAGACACAUCACAACCUACUGACACGGACACAUCACAACCUACUGACACAGACACAUCACAACCUACUGACACAGACACAUCACAACCUACUGACACAGACACAUCACAACCUACUGACACAGACACAUCACAACCUACUGACACAGACACAUCACAACCUACUGACACAGACACAUCACAACCUACUGACACAGACACAUCACAACCUACUGACACAGACACAUCACAACCUACUGACACAGACACAUCACAACCUACUGACACGGACACAUCACAACCUACUGACACAGACACAUCACAACCUACUGACACGGACACAUCACAACCUACUGACACGGACACAUCACAACCUACUGACACAGACACAUCACAACCUACUGAAAUGGACACAUCACAACCUACUGACACAGACACAUCACAACCUACUGACACAAACACAUCACAACCUACUGACACGGACACAUCACAACCUACUGACACAGACACAUCACAACCUACUGACACAGACACAUCACAACCUACUGACACAGACACAUCACAACCUACUGACACAAACACAUCACAACCUACUGACACAGACACAUCACAACCUACUGACACAGACACAUCACAACCUACUGACACAGACACAUCACAACCUACUGACACAUACACAGACACAUCACAACCUACUGACACAGACACAUCACAACCUACUGACACAGACACAUCACAACCUACUGACACGGACACAUCACAACGUACUGACACGGACACAUCACAACCUACUGACACAGACACAUCACAACCUACUGACACAGACACAUCACAACCUACUGACACGGACACAUCACAACCUACUGACACAGACACAUCACAACCUACUGACACGGAUACAUCACAACCUACUGACACAGACACAUCACAACCUACUGACACGGACACAUCACAACCUACUGACACGGACACAUCACAACCUACUGACACAGACACAUCACAACCUACUGACACAGACACAUCACAACCUACUGACACAGACACAUCACAACCUACUGACACGGACACAUCACAACCUACUGACACAGACACAUCACAACCUACUGACACGGACACAUCACAACCUACUGACACGGACACAUCACAACCUACUGACACGGACACAUCACAACCUACUGACACAGACACAUCACAACCUACUGACAUGGACACAUCACAACCUACUGACACAGACACAUCACAACCUACUGACACAGACACAUCACAACCUACUGACACGGACACAUCACAACCUACUGACACAGACACAUCACAACCUACUGACACAGACACAUCACAACCUACUGACACAGACACAGACACAUCAGAACCUACUGACACAGACACAUCACAACACAACCUACUGACACGGACACAUCACAACACACUCUCGGUCAUGGUAACAAUGUCCCGGAGUGAUUGUGAUUCAGGCAACAUCAGCAAUGAUCUAAAGACUAGAACUGCCGCUUUCAAGGAACUCAUAAAAGAAAUCCUGCUACGAUGA